AUGUACAUCACCCUCUACUACAUAGUCACCCGGCUCUGUGAGUCUCUCCGCGUAGUAAGGGACGACUUCCUCUCCGUUUGCCCCACCACUCUCACCGUUGACCUCCUCGAGAAGGCCCUCCUAGCGAUAGAGAAGAGCAUAGUCGUUGUAGGAGCCUCUCGUGGUGACCCUCGCACCCCCGUCUUUGAGGGGUGUUCUCCCUCCCCCCUCUUGCCCUCUGUUGCCUCUGCUGCUGCAGCCGACCUCGUUGGCUUCGAGUCGGUCGGCGCUGCGUCUGCCCCAAGCGGGAGACGCCGCACCAGCAAGGGCAAGGGGGGCAAGGGCGCUGGAGGGGCUAGAGGGGGCGGUGGAGGUGGUGGUGGAGGCUGUGGAGGGAGUGGGGGUGGUGGUGGGAGUGGUGCCGGGGGUGGCGGCGGCGGCGGCAGCAGUGGAGGCGGCGGAGGCGGUGGUGGUGGCGGAGGGAGCAGAGGCGGCGGAGGGAGCGGAGGCGGCGGAGGGAGCGGAGGCGGCGGAGGUGGCGGAGGAGGCGGGGGUGGAGGAGGCGGCGGCGGCGGUGGUGGAGCGGGUCGCGACUCUGCGCAGAGGAGUGGCUCAGGUGGUGGUCCGCGCCAGCAGCAGCGGAGUGGUGUGACCCUGUCCCCUCAGCAGCUUCGUGAGUGGUACACUGCGCGUCAGCGCGGUGGGGGUUUUGGUCCCUUCACUUACGUCCUUCGUACCGGCGACCGAGCUGGUGAGCAGUGCGGAGGCCUGCACUCCACCCAGCGCUGCUUCGGUCGCCUGACGGACGCGUGGCAUCGCCAGUUCCCUGAGGCGUCAGAGAUCCCUCGCUGGGGAGAUCUGGCCAAGGCAGGAGUUGCUAUCUUUGAUCUUGAUUUUGAUGCUAUUCUUGCUGCCAUGUAUGCUGUUGAUACUAGUGUUGGGGGUACUAUUACCUGUGCUGGUGAGUCUGCUCUCUCAGGUACUACGUCGGCUCAGGCCUUUCACACCUUCACCCUUGACUCGGGUGCGUCCCGCUCCUUCUUUCAAGACCGCACCACUCUUACGCCGCUCAGUCGGCCGGUUGCAGUCUCCCUGGUUGACCCCUCUAGGGGUCCUGUCCUUGCUAGCUACUCCAAUAUCUUACCGUGCCCGGCAGCCCCCUCUGGUACCCUGUCAGGUCUCUACCUCCCCUCGUUCUCCACGAACUUGGUGAGUGGAGCGGACCUAUAG